AUGGCAACCACCAAGCACCUCCUCGACAUCACCAUCAGCCCGGCGGCCAGAGACGACGUCGAGAAUGGAAAAGCCUCGCACAAUGACAUGACGGCUCAGCACCGUCCAAGUCGCAGCGGCAGUCUGAUAUCCCUCCGGUACAGACGACCGCGUGCUGGAUCAAUACUUCCGUGGCUUGCUGCCACCGCUGGGACUGCUGUCACCAUUGGCCUCCUUCUCGUCAUCACCUGGGUAGCGCAGCCCCAUGCCAUGCGGUCAACCCAGUCGCACAACUUCAUCUCCGUCAACCCUAUCCAAGCAGGCAAUCCCACGCCCGACACGUACGUCAGCGACUACGCGAAAUCCGCGACACCCGUGCCCGUCCACUCGCACAACGACUACUGGCGGCCUCACCCGCUGUACUCCGCCCUCGCAGCCGGGUGCAUGGGCGUCGAGGCCGACGUCUGGCUCACACCCGACAAGACGGACCUGCUCGUCGGGCACCACCCCUCGGAGCUGUCGGCGCAUCGCACCCUGCAGUCACUGUACAUCGACCCCAUCAAGCAGAUCCUGGACAGGCUGAAUGCGGGCGGCACGUCCUCCGGCGAUGCCCCCGGCGGCAUCUACCCGACGUCGCCCGGCACCACGCUGAUGCUCCUCAUCGACGUCAAGGGCAACGCGAGCGAGAUCUGGCCCCUCGUCGACCGGCAGCUGCAGCCCCUCCGCCAGAGCGGCUACCUGUCCCGGCUCGAGCACGGCGCCGCCGCCGCGGCCAGCCCGCCCGUGCCCGUCUUCAGACGGGGAGCCGUCACCGUCGUCGGGACCGGGAACCUGGCGCAGAGCGACGUCACGGGCGCGGGGUGCGACGCCCUGUCCCGCUACCCGGACACUUUUCUCGACGCGCCGCUCGGCGCUCUCGCCAACGGCUCGAGCUACGCCACCCUCCCCGGCUGCGAGGUGGAUUCCCUGCUGGGCCUCCCCCUCGCCAAGUUCUACCUCGCUUCCGCCCCGUUCGCGCGCCAGGUCGGCUCGUUUCGCGUGACGCUGUCGCCGAACCAGCGAGGCUUGGUGCGCGACUCUCUGCGGGCGGCAGAAGCCAGGAACCUGACCUCGAGGUACUGGAGCACGCCCGCCUGGCCCAUCUCCAGGAGGGACUACAUCUGGCAGGAGCUGUUCGACCAGGGCGUCGGGCUGCUCAACGCCGACGACAUUGAGAGCGCCACCCGGCUGGAGUGGAGCAAGGCCUACAAGGCGGAGCUGGUGUGGAUGGGCGUGUCGUCGGCCUACAUCUUUGCCGCGUCCCUCGUCACUGCCUGGCUGUACAGCAGGUCGAGGAGGAGGUCCCAAGACGAGCACAGACGAGGCUUGACGGGCCGAACGCGACCCACGUAA